GUGCGGAGCCGGCGGCGUGUCGCGGCGCGGCUGCGGGAAGGCGUGGGGGCCCCGCCGCCCCCGGGGCGAGCUGAGCAUGGAGCGACGGCUACCGGCGGCGGCCGCCGGCCUGGGCAGUGGGGUGCGUUGCCCGCCGCACUAAGGCGGUGACGAGCUCCGCGGCGAAGCGAGGCGGUGCGGCGAGCAGAGGCGAGGCGAGCCCCGCGGCCGCGUGUGAGCGCGACUGAGGCGGCAGCGGCGGCUCCUCCCGGCGGCCUCCUCGGGGUUGGCGCGGGGCUGUGCGGGGAGGGGGCCGCGGCGCCGCCCCCGCCUGCUCCCCUCCCCUCGCCGGCGCGGGCAGAAGGCGGCCGGCCGGGGCUCCCCCGCGGCGGCGGGCGGGCGGCAUGGUCGCGGAGCCCUGAGGGGCCGGCGCAGCGGGGCUCGCCCCGAGCAGCCUCCCCCGGGGGCCGCGGUCGACGGAUCGGACUCGGCUGGGACCUGCCAUGACUCCCCUGGCUCCUCCCAUGGCAUGAGCCCGUGCUCUCCUCCCCCCUCCGCCUUGCUUUUGGCCUUUCUCCGCUCCGGGGCUGUCAGAUGGGAUAAAAUACACCCGGGCGUGCGGGGCUCGGUGCUGCCUCGAGGGAGCGGGGGGAGCGGCGGAGGCAAGCGGUGACGGCCGUCGGCUCGCCCGGAGUCGAAGAUGAGCUGGCGGUGGGCUCGCCGACACCGGAACGGCGGCUCCCCCGUCCUGCUGCUGCUGCUGCUCUGGCACUGCUGGGUCCGGCCGGCCGGCGCUGACAACGCCAGCCAGGCAUACUACACCGCCCUCAUCAACGUGACGGUGCUGAGCCCCGAGCGGGGCGGCCCCACGCUGCUGAGGAUCGACCGCGGCCGCUACGGGCAGGAUUCCCCCAAGGUGGAGGUCAAGGGCCUGCUGGUGGCUCCCGUCCCCAUCAACGGAGUUGCAGAUCGUCUGGGCUGUGACCCUCGAACGCGCUUCCAAGUUCCACCAAACACCAAGCAGUGGAUCGCUUUACUACAGCGAGGAAACUGUACAUUUAGAGAGAAAAUACUGCGAGCAGCUUCACAUAAUGCCACAGCUGUGGUCAUUUACAACAAUAUAUCCAGUGAAGAACCUGUCACGAUGACUCAUCAAGGAACUGGAGACAUUGUUGCUGUCAUGAUUACAGAAUCAAAGGUUAAGGAGAUCCUGAAUUACUUGGAAAAGAAUAUCUCUGUCCUGAUGGCAAUAGCAGUGGGGUCCCGUGUUCCUCCAAAAAACUUCAGUCGGGGCUCUCUAGUCUUUGUGUCAAUAUCAUUCAUUGUGUUGAUGAUAAUUUCUUCAGCAUGGUUAAUAUUUUACUUCAUCCAGAAGAUCAGGUACACAAGUGCACGUGACAGGAAUCAGCGUCGUCUUGGAGAUGCUGCCAAGAAAGCCAUCGGUAAAUUGACAACCAGGACAGUAAAGAAGGGUGAUAAGGAAACAGACCCAGACUUUGAUCAUUGUGCUGUCUGCAUUGAGAGUUACAAGCAGAACGAUGUUGUUCGCAUUUUACCAUGCAAGCAUGUUUUCCACAAAGCCUGUGUGGAUCCAUGGCUUAGUGAGCACUGUACAUGUCCAAUGUGUAAACUGAACAUUUUGAAGGCACUGGGAAUUGUGCCAAAUGUGCCAUGUACAGAUAAUGUAGCCUUUGACAUGGAAAGGCUCACAAGAGGCCAGCCAGCCAGCAGGCGAUCAGCACUCGGCGAUUUUGCCAAUGACAGCUCUCUCAGCCUGGAGCCCCUGCGCACAUCUGGGAUGUCACAGCUUCCACAGGAUGGAGAGCUAACGCCAAGGUCAGGAGAGAUCAACAUUGCUGUGACAAAAGAAUGGUUUAUUAUUGCCAGUUUUGGCCUCCUCAGUGCCCUUACACUCUGCUACAUGAUCAUCAAAGCCACAGCUAGCUUGAAUGCUAAUGAAGCAGAAUGGUAUUGAAGAAACGCUUUCCAGCCGAUUGCCUUGGAGAGAGACACCUAUUUUUAUGCAUCAUUUAUUGAUCAUGCAGCACAAGCAAUUAUUUAGUACAUUCUAUUUUUUCAUAAAAUUUGCUGAUGCCAAAGCUUUGUAUUAAGGAAAAAGUGAAGAAAUAAAAAAAAAUUUAAUUAUGAAAUCUUA